AUGGCAGGAGACAGGGUGAGACAGAAUAAAGACCAAAAUCGAGGCAAAGGCCAAUCUCGUGAUGUGCAGAUCUCGAAGGCUUUGAGUCUGUUACUGCGCCAUGCUGCAGAGAAAGAAGGUCUCAAGCUGAACACACAAGGCUACGCAAACGUAGCAGAUGUGUUACAAUGGCGCAAGCUCAAAUCAAUCAAAUGCUCAUUCGAUGAAAUCAAACACGCCGUCGACUCAUCUGAUAAGAAACGUUUCGCCCUCCUGCAUAUUCCCUCAUCGCAACCUACUGCCUCUACAUCGACUGCUACAACGAUACCCGGAUCGCACUCGGUCGAAGAAGCCGAGUCCGUCAAGCCGGAUACGAGCACCUCAGUCCUGGAAGCACCUUCAACUGCAGAGGAACAAACCAAUACUACACAGCAAGCGCUUGCUGCGGCCGAUGCGAACCCCGCAAACUACCUUAUCCGCGCGACGCAGGGCCACAGUAUCAAGACUGUCGAUGCAGCCUCUUUCCUUGAGCCGCUAUCAUUGGACGAUGAAUCUAAGCUUCCGGAUACAGUAGUCCAUGGAACCUUCCACGGUGCUUGGCCAUUGAUUCUACAGUCGGGUGGACUGAAGUGCAUGACUCGAAACCAUGUGCAUUUCGCAACAGGACCAUCCCUCGAAUCUAUAAUUGCGGCACAACAGGAGGAAACGAACGAGACUAAGCAGGGAACCGGUGAAAGAAAGGUUAUUUCGGGUAUGCGAUGGGAUGCACAGGUUUUGAUCUACAUUGAUAUUCGGAAGGCAUUGAAAGCUGGGUGUCCAUUCUGGCGUAGUGAGAAUGGGGUAAUUCUGAGUGAGGGAUUACCUGUCUCCGAUGCCAGUGGCGAUACUGAAGGAAGUGUCCAGAGGGUUCUCCCGGUAGAGUUUUUUGAUGUUGUUAUUGAGCGGAAGGCUAAGUUGGGGAAGAUUUGGGAAAAGGGAGAGGUGUUGCAGGAGUUGCCGGCUCAUUUGAUGAACAAGGGGAAUCCGAAGAAUAGACGUUGA